AGGAGCCGGGAGCGCGGCAGCACGGCCCUGGCCGGCCCUGCGAGGAGGCGAUCGCAGGGAGGAGGAGGAGGAGGAGGGCUGCAGAGGCGGAGGGAUCUGCUCACCAAAGCUAUCCAGGCCAGCAAAGUUUGGCUGGGGGUUGGACUUUCCUUCCCGGAGGCGGCACCCAAACAGCUACCCCGUGCGGAAACCCAAACUUUCUACUGCCACUCCGAGUCUCGCGGCCGCCGCCUCCGCCCCGCGCGCCCGGGGCCUGCCCGUCAAUUCGUCGGUCCUCGUGGAGCUGCUUGGGCGCCGUAGUGCUCCUGAUCUCCGCAGCUGCAGCGCCGCGGCCCCGGCCCAGAAGCCGGGGCAAGUUCUCCAGAGUUAGACGCGAAGUUUCGGGCGCGGCGCGGGCCGAGCUGCCCCUGUGCGCCCCCGGCGUCCCCAGUGCGCCCAGUCCCGCCGGGGGCGCCGGUGACCCUCCCGUGCCAGCCAUGUCGUCCAUCCUGCCCUUCACCCCCCCGAUCGUGAAGCGCCUGCUGGGCUGGAAGAAGGGCGAGCAGAAUGGGCAAGAGGAGAAGUGGUGCGAGAAGGCGGUCAAGAGCUUGGUGAAGAAGCUCAAGAAGACCGGGCAGCUGGACGAGCUGGAGAAGGCCAUCACCACGCAGAACGUGAACACCAAGUGCAUUACCAUCCCCAGGUCACUGGAUGGCCGGUUGCAGGUGUCCCAUCGGAAGGGUCUCCCCCAUGUUAUCUACUGCCGCCUGUGGCGAUGGCCUGACCUGCACAGUCACCAUGAGUUACGGGCCAUGGAGCUGUGUGAGUUCGCCUUCAACAUGAAGAAGGAUGAAGUGUGCGUAAAUCCUUACCACUAUCAGAGAGUAGAGACACCAGUUCUACCUCCAGUGUUGGUACCACGCCACACCGAGAUCCCGGCCGAGUUCCCCCCGCUGGAUGACUACAGCCAUUCCAUCCCUGAGAACACUAACUUCCCCGCUGGCAUUGAGCCCCAAAGCAAUAUUCCAGAAACCCCACCCCCUGGCUACCUGAGUGAAGAUGGAGAAACUAGUGACCACCAGAUGAACCACAGCAUGGACGCAGGCUCUCCAAACCUAUCCCCGAAUCCGAUGUCCCCAGCACACAAUAACUUGGACCUACAGCCAGUGACCUACUGUGAGCCGGCCUUCUGGUGCUCCAUCUCCUACUAUGAGCUGAACCAGCGAGUUGGGGAGACAUUCCAUGCCUCACAGCCGUCCAUGACAGUGGAUGGCUUCACUGAUCCCUCCAACUCCGAGCGCUUCUGCCUGGGCCUGCUGUCCAAUGUCAACAGGAAUGCAGCUGUGGAGCUCACGAGGCGGCACAUUGGGAGAGGCGUGCGGCUCUACUACAUCGGAGGGGAGGUCUUUGCUGAGUGCCUCAGUGACAGCGCUAUUUUUGUUCAGUCACCCAACUGCAACCAGCGCUAUGGCUGGCACCCUGCCACCGUCUGCAAGAUCCCCCCAGGCUGCAACCUGAAGAUCUUCAACAACCAGGAAUUUGCUGCCCUCCUGGCUCAGUCUGUCAACCAGGGCUUUGAGGCCGUCUACCAGUUGACUCGCAUGUGCACCAUCCGAAUGAGCUUCGUCAAAGGCUGGGGAGCCGAAUACAGAAGACAGACAGUGACCAGUACCCCCUGUUGGAUUGAGCUGCACCUGAAUGGGCCCUUGCAGUGGCUGGACAAGGUCCUCACCCAGAUGGGCUCCCCCAGUAUCCGCUGUUCCAGUGUGUCUUAGAGAUACUGGGAGUGGAGG